CGUGGGCUCAGCCUGCUGGAAGGGGAGCUGGCCGGUGGGCCAUGGCCGGCUGCAGGCUCUGGGUUUCGCUGCUGCUGGCGGCGGCGUUGGCUUGCUUGGCCACGGCACUGUGGCCGUGGCCCCAGUACAUCCAAACCUACCACCGGCGCUACACCCUGUACCCCAACAACUUCCAGUUCCGGUACCAUGUCAGUUCGGCCGCGCAGGCGGGCUGCGUCGUCCUCGACGAGGCCUUUCGACGCUACCGUAACCUGCUCUUCGGUUCCGGCUCUUGGCCCCGACCCAGCUUCUCAACAAACACUUAUUGAAUGACUACCGUGUAUCAGGCACUGGGAACACAAAGACACAGAUUGGUCCCUGCUGUUGAGGAACUCACAGCCUAGAUAAACAGCAAACGUUGGGGAAGAACAUUCUGGUGGUCUCCGUCGUCACAGCUGAAUGUAAUGAAUUUCCUAAUUUGGAGUCGGUAGAAAAUUACACCCUAACCAUUAAUGAUGACCAGUGUUUACUCGCCUCUGAGACUGUCUGGGGCGCUCUCCGAGGUCUGGAGACUUUCAGUCAGCUUGUUUGGAAAUCAGCUGAGGGCACGUUCUUUAUCAACAAGACAAAGAUUAAAGACUUUCCUCGAUUCCCUCACCGGGGCGUACUGCUGGAUACAUCUCGCCAUUACCUGCCAUUGUCUAGCAUCCUGGAUACACUGGAUGUCAUGGCAUACAAUAAAUUCAACGUGUUCCACUGGCACUUGGUGGACGACUCUUCCUUCCCAUAUGAGAGCUUCACUUUCCCAGAGCUCACCAGAAAGGGGUCCUUCAACCCUGUCACUCACAUCUACACAGCACAGGAUGUGAAGGAGGUCAUUGAAUACGCAAGGCUUCGGGGUAUCCGUGUGCUGGCAGAAUUUGACACUCCUGGCCACACUUUGUCCUGGGGGCCAGGUGCCCCUGGGUUAUUAACACCUUGCUACUCUGGGUCUCAUCUCUCUGGCACAUUUGGACCGGUGAACCCCAGUCUCAACAGCACCUAUGACUUCAUGAGCACACUCUUCCUGGAGAUCAGCUCAGUCUUCCCGGACUUUUAUCUCCACCUGGGAGGGGAUGAAGUCGACUUCACCUGCUGGAAGUCCAACCCCAACAUCCAGGCCUUCAUGAAGAAAAAGGGCUUUACUGACUUCAAGCAGCUGGAGUCCUUCUACAUCCAGACGCUGCUGGACAUCGUCUCUGAUUAUGACAAGGGCUAUGUGGUGUGGCAGGAGGUAUUUGAUAAUAAAGUGAAGGUUCGGCCAGAUACAAUCAUACAGGUGUGGCGGGAAGAAAUGCCAGUAGAGUACAUGUUGGAGAUGCAAGAUAUCACCAGGGCUGGCUUCCGGGCCCUGCUGUCUGCUCCCUGGUACCUGAACCGUGUAAAGUAUGGCCCUGACUGGAAGGACAUGUACAAAGUGGAGCCCCUGGCGUUUCAUGGUACGCCUGAACAGAAGGCUCUGGUCAUUGGAGGGGAGGCCUGUAUGUGGGGAGAGUAUGUGGACAGCACCAACCUGGUCCCCAGACUCUGGCCCAGAGCGGGUGCCGUCGCUGAGAGACUGUGGAGCAGUAACCUGACAACUAAUAUAGACUUUGCCUUUAAACGUUUGUCGCAUUUCCGUUGUGAGCUGGUGAGGAGAGGAAUCCAGGCCCAGCCCAUCAGUGUAGGCUACUGUGAGCAGGAGUUUGAGCAGACUUGAGCCACCAGUGCUGAACACCCAGGAGGUUGCUGUCCUUUGAGUCAGCUGCGCUGAGCACCCAGGAGGGUGCUGGCCUUAAGAGAGCAGGUCCCGGGGCAGGGCUAAUCUUUCACUGCCUCCCGGCCAGGGGAGAGCACCCCUUGCCCGUGUGCCCCUGUGACUACAGAGAAGGAGGCUGGUGCUGGCACUGGUGUUCAAUAAAGAUCUAUGUGGCAUUUUCUCUAA